GGUACUGGCGCUACUCCCGCACUACCACCACUGCUACUACCAUCACUGGCACUGGUGCCCCAACUACCAUCGUGUUCAAGGAGUUCAGUCAUCUUGUUCAAAAGGUCAACACCACCUCACGUGUGUUGCUUUACUUCCCAGAGAUAAAAGGGAAAAGAUUUAAGUUACCAUGAAGAAGCGACACUGGCGACUAGACACAACGCUGUUACCUGUCCUGUUGUCUGCUCUCACCAUACCUGGGCUCCAUACCUGGUGUGAUGCAGUCGCCCCAGAGGACCAACUAGCGGUGGAGCUCAACGUGGCAAGGCGACAAGCAAGGGGCACUGAGUGGCUCCAGUAUGACCUGAACCGAAAUGACCUGGGCCAGUCUUCCACAUUUACGGUCUGCCUCCACAUCUACCUUCAGUUUACCUAUACUGACCCUUGUAUCGCCCUCACUUUCGACCCCAACACCUUCGUCAUCAUUAAAGAUGGUAAGCUUCAAUUAGAAAAGAACCUACCUGACAAGGGAUGGACGGUGGUCAGCUGGGCGCCUCUGAACUACCACUACUGGACGCCUGUGUGUGUAGCGGUGGGUCGUGAACCUGGCCUCGCCCUCCACGGAGAGUACACAAACCAAGGUCCUCAUACCCCCAUGGAGCUCCCUCAGGGAAAGACCAUACGCAUCACGGUGGGUAUUCCCCUUCAAGACGCCAACAUAGACCAGACCACCUCCUUGUCCGCCAUCGUCACCGCCCCGACAGUGUACAAAUGGCGGCUCUCAGACCAAGAGGUCCUGGACGUGGCAUCAUGUCGGGAAGACCUACAGGACCGCGUGUGGUAUCUGUGGUCAGGCAGGAUCUUAGACUCCUUGUUACUCGUCACUAACCGGUCAGCAGUCACCUCGGAAUUCGUCAACGAUACAACCAAUUACUGGAGUCGUAUCACCAAUCCGUAUGACAUGUGUGUACCAGCCUCGGGCCAUAGACUGGUGCUCCUUCGGGGGACAUUCCUGUACGGUGAAGCACUCGGUAACUGUAGCGCCUAUGGAGGUACUCUGGCGGAGGGUAGUAAAGACACUUGGAUGGCUGCUAGUGAGCCUUUGCAGUUUGCUGCAACUAAAGUUUUGGCGAAUCCUUGGGUUACCGCUGGCAGUGUUGACAAGUGCUGGAAGAUGGACCUCGCAACGUUCUCCUUAAUCCAGGGAAAUUGUGACACUGAUUAUGCAUCGUACCUUCUGUGUCAGCUUCCUCUGACGCCCACUGUUGAGUUGCGGUCUGAGGAUGACCAGACUGAGAAAUUCUUUGUUCUCGCCACCACCUUCUUCUACCCAUCAUUCUACACUAAAGAUGGAUUAUCGAUACAAGGGAACACCACCAUAUGGCUGAAGUAUUAUGACCAGUACAUGGAGCUCCUCUACUACGCGCAGACUAACGUACUCCAGCCACUGGGUCGUCACACCUGGUCUACUCCCGCCACCAACGAAAACAUUAAACGCACUAUGACGCUCACCAGCUGUAGCAAGGACGAGUUUACAUGUAAUUCGGGAAAAUGUAUCGAGUUGUCCAAACGCUGUGACGGUGUGUACGACUGUGGGGACGACGUGGGGUCCGACGAGGUGUGUUCUGUAUUACUGACGCUACCUCGGUCCUACAACCACGACCAAGCACCAGACCCCAUCACCUACCUCAACCUGACACUCACCCUCAACAGCCUACGCGAGAUAGACGACUCCAGCAACCUCGUCAGCGCCUGGUUCACGUUUAGCACCAGUUGGCACGACCAUCGAGUCAAACUGAGUCAACUAAAGAACAAAACUAAAGAUAAGAUAGAUUCCAAACAUAUGUGGUUCCCGAGAUACUCCCUGGAGAACGCUCUCUUUCAAAACGACUUUGACUACCGCCAGGCGAAGAACGUUCGCCUCAACAUCUACGCCCAGAGACUUAAGGAGGGACGUGUGGGUGUUAGUGAUGGUUAUGAAGGUCUGGUGUACUCUGGCCAAGGGGACGCCAAGAUCCUGAAGGUGGAGGACUUCAUGGUGUCUUACAUGUGUGACUUUAACCUGGCUCUCUACCCCUUUGACAUCCAUCAGUGCUUCUUCAACUUCUCCAUCAUCAACCACGGCUCCUUCAUCUCAGUCUUUCUGGAGGAGGCCAUCAAGGUAGAGUCGAGUGAGUUUUCCACUACGGGGCUGUUUCAUGUGUCAGAGCUGAGGAUGUCCAGGACGGGGUCGGCCACCUCCACCACAGUCUCCCUCAAGAUUAAGCUGACACGUAGAUUUGGGGGAACGCUGCUGACCGCCUUCCUGCCCUGCGCUAUCCUCGGCAUGAUAGGAGACUUUACCCAUAAAUUUGAGGAAAACAACUUCACGGACCGCAUUAUGGUGGCCAUUACUUCCCUGAUCGUCAUUGCCUCUCUCUUCGCCGCCAUCAGCGCCACCAACACGACCACAGCCGGCCUGAAAUCCAUUGACGUGUUCUUCUUCUACUACAUCGUUCGCCUCUUUAUGAUCUUUAUCAUUCACGUCUAUCAAGCCUCAAGACUCCGGCAACAGAAGAAGGAAAGGCAGGAACAGCAGAUGGGUCAGGUCGGCAAUACUGGGGUAACAAAAUUUCAUCUUCUCAACACCAAGCUCGACUCCAAAGGCUAUAUUGAUAGUGUUGACGCCAUUGAUGAUCUCCCGGUACCUGUCUCGCCAGUCUACAUACCUGUCAAGCCCCACAACGCAGAGGGCCAACCUCGGCAUCAGGCCUGGACGCCGAUCCUGACGAAGGUACCCGAAACACGAAAGACAAGUUGCUGUACCUCGAUCAUGAUCCGCGGGGCAUUCGUGAUAGGAAUCCUGCUGGAUGUGAGCUUCAUCUUCCUCUUCGUUGCCUUUAACUUGAUGCAACGACUAAGUUACUAAUAAUUUCGAUAAAGAGGAUUAAAUUUAUACCAAGGGGGCGAGUGAUAGUGUGUUGGUGUACUGCGUAGACUGUAGAGGAUCUAUAGGGCAAUAAGUUAUGUAGAGUCUACAUAACCUACUGCCCUAAAGGUUACAAACAUCAUUGAAAUAUAAUAUAUUUUUGAGAACACAGAUGGUAGUAAGACGUCCAGGAGAUACAGGCUGAUAGUACAGUAAGAAGUAGUGGAUACAAGGCAGCAUCUGGAUCGCCUCUGGUUGAGUGCUGUUAACUGAACAUUGAUUUAGGCAGCGUUUUCAUAGUAGAAAUACCAAUUGUUAUUUAGAUUAACCUUGAACAAUUCGUGAUUCAAACUCUUGUACAAAUAUUUAUGGGUGUCGCAGUAUACGUUAAGAUUUCAUUAACGACGAGACCCUAACACUUAAUAGUGCAAAAGACCACACAGCCACCACUAAGUUUACUAGAUGACAGUGAAGUUAGAAAAUGUCGUCAAUAGAAUAAAUAAACACACUUGUCAUCAGCUUAGCUUUUAUCUCCGUUUAGUCCAUAGAUUCAUCCUUACUAUCAUCCACGUAACAGUAGUAGUGGAGGAACACACACACACACAUAUACACACACACACACACACACACACACACACACACA